AUGGUCAGUGGACAGCUGGAAGUCAUUGACGCACAGGCAGCAAUUGGACACAGGUGGUCGGUGACAGGCAUGACCAUUUUGCAGUGGCAGUCGUUAGCCUACCAGUGGCAAAUGGCCAGAUGUGGCCAUGGCCUGUCGGCAUUCAUUAGGUCAGGUGCCCAUCGGACACUGGCCAGCGGGCAGCCAGUGGGGCAGAAGGUGGACCUCCAGACAGGACCAAAAUUUGUCACAGUGAAAGUAAAUGGCAAAGCUCUUAGAAUGGAAGUAGACACCGGAGGUUCCACCACGUCUUUAGAAGUCAUAAAUCUUAAUGUUGGAGGUGAGAUCUAUACUACAACACUGAGCAGGCUGAGGAGAUACCCUGGAUCCAGACUAGCCGAGAUGUGCAGCGCUCAUGCUGAAGUGACUAGAGACUCCAAAGGGAGGCUCUUCAUCGACAGAGACGGGACCUACUUCAAAUACAUCCUGGAAUUUCUCCGGAGUGAACAGCCACCAACCCAGUUCGUACAGGAAAUUUACCAGGAGGCGCAGUUCUACAACAUUGAAGCCCUGGUGGAACUGCUCAAGAACUCGCCUGAAAUGUACGGCGAGCUCAUUGGAAGGCAGCAGUUUCUAGCAGAGGUGCCGAAUUACAGGGAGAACAUAGAAGUGCUUAUUCACCUAGCCAGGGCGGAAAGCGUGGCGUCUCGCCAAUCCAGGGUGAUAGUUUGCGUUGCCAAAAACAGAGAGGAUGACGUGCAGUAUCCGGAAGGCGUCAAUAAUCCCACAUCUGGCAAGGAUCCUGUUGUGAAAUUCGGCCCCUGGAAACCCUCUCCAACAGUCUUUGAUUUACUGUACUGCAUCAAACUCGAUAUAGAAAACAGGGGCUAUAAAGUUUCUUACCAACCCUACAAGGCAGGAAAAGGACAGCUUUCCAAGUCUUGUAAUUUGCUUUAUAAGUUUGUCUUCACUUGGUGGUAA